AUUAAGAUGUCAAAUAUAGCGAAAAUCAUCUUUUUCUUUAUUAUCACAAGAUUUCUACUGAUAUUUUGCUUGAUCCCCAUCAUCCAUGCAGCUUUUAUCAGAUUCAAUAUGCAGAUUGAUGAAUCACAAUCUAUAUCAGAAAUUUGGAUGGAAUACUUGACUCCUUGGGAUGGAAAGCAUUUUAGGGAGAUUUAUCUGAAUGGAUAUCAGUUUGAAAGACAGCACGUGUUUUUCCCUUUAAAUAAAAUAAUUAUUGAUUUCAUCUCAGACAUGACCUCAGGCAUUUCUAAAAUACUGAUCGGAUUAAUCCUAUCAAAUUUAUUCUCUUUAGGGUCUUGAAUACUUUUGUAUAUCCUUUCUGUGCAAUGAUUUGGAUCAACUAAAUUUGCUUUAUACUCUACUCUCUUCUUCUGUCUAAAUCUCUGUACUCGAUUUUAUAUAAGCUUAUACACAGAAAGCUUGUACACAUUCUUAUCACUCCUUGGAAUGACUCUAAUCCAGUCUACUAUCAAAAGAGACCCAGUAAAUGAUGUAGGGUUCUUUCAGAUUCUUGGAGCCUCAAUAAUUUUUAUCAUAAAUGUUGCUUGAAGAUCAAAUAGCUGACUUCUGAGCUUGAUCCCUGGCUAUUAUAUCUUAAUAAAAUGAUACAGAAGUUUGAAUACCUCUUCAGGAUCUUUGAUUCUCUGGUUCUCAUUUGGCCAUUUCACUCUCUGAUGCUUCCUCUAUUGUUUUUAUUACUUAGUCAAUCAAUAUCCUUAUCAACUGUAUUGCAAAGACGAGAAUCCUUCUGAAUGGUGUCACCAAGCAUUUCCAAACCUCUAUGAUCAUAUUCAAAAAGUCUACUGGAACACAGGUUUUCUUAGACAGUUAUAGACAGGGGACUCCACAGUUCAUAUUUUGCAACACUGCCAGUAAAUUUCUUCAAUAUCUGGUUGAUUUGAUUGGUCUACAAUAAUUUAAAAGCUUAUAUCAACUUAUCUAAAUCGCACAAUCCAUCCAGCAGCACUUAUACAGCAAUAAAAUCUUUCCUUGAUGAUGAAAUAUCCUUCAGAAGACCAAACAAAGUUGAGUUCUGUCAGAUAUUCUUCCUCCCAAUUAUUUUACACUACAUUUUACUGAUCAUCUUCAUAAACUUAUUCGCCAACCUGGAAAUCCUCAUGAGAGUAGUCUCCACUCACCCAGUGUACCACUGGGGGUACGUCUACCUCCUAGCCAAGAAGCAGAAGUCAGCCUUUGAGAAAGUAGUGGGUGGACUCUUAGUGGUCCAUCAUGCAGUGUUCAUGGUGUUUGAGUUCACAGCGUUCCCGCUUAAUGUAGGUACUCCUUAAGAGAAGUUCA